AUGAAGCCUGAAGAUGCUGUACGUCCAAGUCCUGAAAAGAGCCGAACCGUGUAUGAACAAGGCUUUUGUAUUUGGACAAGGCUUUACACUCGCGCUAAACAGCAAUCCAGCCUGCCCCGAAUUUGCUUCCACCUGCAGGCCGCAGUUCAAAAGUUACCUCCCUUGGUCCAUGAUCUGGAUCUGAAGCGUGAGUAUAGCUGUCUCUACGCGACCGGAACGUCGAUUUGGGGAACUUCGCGGGGGCAAUGCAAGAUACCUCUUGUGGAAAAAAGACUUGAGCUACCAGUUUCUAUCAACCACUCGACACAACUUGCUCUCUCUGAAAGCCUGGAGCCGACCUAUCAGAAAUGGUUUAAUCAUGAAGAUAAUCACCUUUCUGUGCUAAUAUUGGCAUGGAGCUACAUAUUUUCAGCGCGUUGGGUCCAGCUCAUGCCCGGAGCCGAGCUGACUUAUACUGAGAAGCACGCGGAAUAUGGCAACAACAAGCGAGACGAACGAACCGAAGUCAUGGUGGAUGUAGGAGAUGUCGACGAUGAUGCAGCCAGAUGGUGGGCCGCUGUUUUGUCUCCUGGUGAGGGAUGGCAGGCAUACCUAACAUGGGAGCGAACAAAAUUCCGAUCACCUUGGUCAACUGCUUUGGAAACAAGGGUGAAAUUUACGCUUUCCUGCCGCAGACACCUCUGCCAUACAUCAACUACCACACCUUCGUUCACCACUGCCCUUCAUUUUCUCGCAGAAUACUGCAAUCUACACAACAUUGUUGACCAAACCCUGGCAGCACUCUCUUCAACAUUGUUUCUUCCUUCGUUGAAUACAAAGAAAAACCCAACAUCACUCCCGAAACCCGAUUCUCAUAAGAGGCAAAGGCUAAAGCCACCCGUAUCAGAGCCAACCGAGCAGAAGCCACUUGGUUUUAUAUUGGAGCAGAUAGUGCCGGAGCUGGACAAACUAUUGACAUUGAGUUGCAACACACGGGGUCUAUGCUCUCUUUUGUCGAGUGUAUUUUAUGAACCUGGAAUACCUUGCAAUGCCGUGAGCCCAUGGCUGCAAUCUACGUUCGCUGUUCUUGACUCUGUGGAGGAUGACCAUCUACUUGCUCAUAUCCUGAUGAACCGAGUCCCGCAAGUUUCUUUCCUUUGGCUUGGUGGUAUAAUUGCGGGUACUCACAAGAAUGUCCUCCAGGAUGGUCGAUUUGGCCUUAUACCGAUUGAACUCCAUGCUGCAUCCUGGUGUGGUGUCACACAGUCGUUUUUACAGGAACCUGUGUCCCAACCGCCAAUGAAUAAUGGGGCGCUUUUACGAUCAGAUGAGUGCCGACUUCUCUAUCUGACCCAAGCAGAACGGCACAGUCGGUGGCCGGUGUCUCCAUGGAUGCCUUUCGGUACCACGGCACUCGAAGAUGCUGAAAUUGAAGUCCGUCUACAUGCACAGUGUACUGGUCACGGUCUUCAAUAUGCGGGUUGGCAUUGGGCUUGUCGAAAUGGCAAACUAGUACAUCCAUUGUGCGUUAAAACCACUAUAUCUGCCCAUUCACCGGCACGGCACCCGGCAAUAAAUACGCCCAUCAGAUAUGAAGCUCUGAAUCUCGAGGAAGAAUCAGCUUCAGAAAAUGCUACACUAAAUAUCUUUGGCUGGCUCCGAACUGAUGGAUAUCCUCCACGGGAACGAGGAAUAAGUAACCACGAGUGGAUUAAUCUUGGUGAAUCUGAUAAUGAAUCACCUUCCCUGAAUGAGUCACCAAGGAGCCAUACAGCCCAAGCAUCGAAAGCUGUGGAAGAUUGGAUACAACAGAGCAUUCUGGUACCCGACUCAAUAAUGGAUUCUUCACAGAUUUGAUCCUUCCAGCAAUCUGUCCAGGCUGGCUCCUUCUGGUAGUCACGUUCUCCUUCUUUCAGUGUUGGAAUGUGUAUGAUAGAUGCUAUUACCUCCAUUCUUUUGGGUUGGAUACUUUUAUAAAUAAUUGGCAUUUGUUUAUUCGUCAA